GAGAGACAGAGAGAGGUACAGAGACAGAGAGAGACAUAGAUAGAGAGGUAGAGACAGAUAGAGAGACAGAGAGAGAUAGAGAGAUAAAUAGAGAGGUAGAGACAGAGGGAGAGGUAGAGACAGAGAGAGAGAGAGAGAGAGAGAGAGAGAGAGAGAGAGAGAGAGAGAGAGAGAAAGAGAGCGGUGAUGACAGGCACCCAGGAGCUGUCCUUCCGCCUGGACCCCCAGCUGACGGAGGUGAUGCGUCUGCGGGUGCAGUCCCUCCAGCAGCGGGGCCAGAAGCGGCAGGAGGGCGAGCGGCUCCUCCGGCCCCACGAGGCCGUCUACCGCCUGGACUUCACUCAGCAGUCCCUGGGCUUCUCCCACUGGGGGGUGAGGCUGGCCCAGCCGGGACGCCUCACCAUCACCGCCACCUCCCAGCACUGGACCCCCGACCUCACCCACCUGAUGGUGCGGCAGCUCCUGGAGCCGGCGGGGGUGUUCUGGCAGGCGGCGGGCCACGCGGGCGACGGCCCGGUCCAGUGCUACCAGGCGGACGCCCAGGAGUUCGGGGAGCGGAUCGCAGAGAUGGCCUCGGUGAGGAAGGUGAUGUACUUCCUGUUUGCGUUUGAGGAGGGGUGCGGGCCGGAGAGCGUGGACUGUUCCAUCGCCUUCCAGGUCAACAACUAGGGUAGCUGACCAGUCACUGCG